UGUUGUCAAUGCCAAUGUCUUUACACAGGCAACAUGAAGGCACUUCUCCUCUUGGCUCUGACUGUGGCGGUUUCAGCUGGACCAUCAGCCAGCAGAUUUGAUGGAGUGAAAGUCUUCAGAUUGAAACCUGACAAUGAAUACCAUGUUAACGAAAUAAAAAAUUUGGCAGACAAAAUAAAGCUUAAUUUCUGGACUCCUGAAGGAGCUGAUCUGGUCACUUCUCACCUUAACGUGGAUAUCCAGGUCAAUGAUGAAGAUGUCUUACUUGUAAAGGAUCUUUUGCAGAGAAGUGGAAUGGAAUAUGAAGUUCUAAUUGAGGAUCUGCAGAAGGCAAUUGAGAGACAGUUUGACAACAAGCACCGCUCAACAGUUGGGUAUAGCUAUGAGAAAUACAACUCCUGGGAAAAGAUUGCAGAGUGGGCUGAGAGCAUGGCUACAGAAAACCCCACUCUAGUUACUAAAACACAGAUUGGACAAACUUUUGAAGGAAGACCCAUGGUUCUUUUAAAGUUAGGUAAAAAUACAGGAUUUGCUAAGCCUGCCAUCUUCAUGGACUGUGGUAUUCAUGCAAGAGAAUGGAUCUCCCCAGCUUUUUGUCAGUGGUUUGUAAAAGAGGCUGUGACAUCAUAUGGGUCUGACCCUGAAAUGACCAGUCUACUCAACAACAUGGAUGUGUUGGUCCUGCCAGUUUUUAACAUUGAUGGCUACGUCUACACAUGGACCAGGGACAGAAUGUGGAGAAAAACACGCUCCAAGAAUUCUGGUACAACUUGUGUUGGUACUGACCCUAAUCGAAACUUUAAUGCUGGGUGGUGUACUGUGGGUGCUUCCAAACAACCAUGUAGUGAAACCUAUUGCGGCUCAAGAGUGGAAUCUGAAAUUGAGGUCAAAGCUGUUGCUGAUUUCAUCCGAAAAAACCGUUCCAUCAUCAAGGCCUACCUGACAAUCCAUUCCUACUCCCAACUGCUCCUGUUCCCUUAUUCAUACACUACAGACUUAGCGGCACACCACAGUGAACUGCUUGACAUUGCAAGAACUGCUUCAAAUGCAUUGUACAGCCUUUAUGGUACCCGCUACACAAGUGGUCCUGGAGCAGUGACGAUAUACCCUGCUGCUGGUGGUUCAGAUGACUGGGCCUAUGACUUAGGGAUAAAGUACUCUUUCACUUUUGAACUUCGUGAUGAAGGUCGCUUUGGAUUCUUGCUUCCAGAGUCACAGAUCAAGCCAACAUGUGAGGAGACUAUGCUUGCUGUCAAAUACAUUGCAACAUAUGUUCAAGAGCACAACUAUUGAAAAAAUUAAAUAAAAUAAAAUGAAUCUUCAAAAUUA